AUGGCUAACAAUCUUGUCAUUUAUUUAUUUUAUUUUCAAUUAUGCAGAAGCCAUGGAUUUGAAUUUAUAGAGAUUGAUUUAAACAUGGAUUUAGAACAGCAAGGACCAUUUGAUGUGGUUAUCCAUAAAUGGAGUGAUUUACUUGCGGCGCCUUCCGAUGUGUCUAACUUAAUCUACGAUUUACAGAACUAUUUCAGCAAUCAUCCGGAGACUAUCAUGUUGGACCCUAUAGCAAGUGUCUGUACAUUGGUCGACCGUAGUCGGACUUAUGCUGCCGUCAGUGAAUACAGCAAAGAACCAAAUUCCUGUCUACAUAUCCCUAACUUCGUCACUAUACCCGAAAAUACGGACAAACAUCCAAUUCUGACAUUGCUAAAGAAUGCUAAAAUUCGAUUUCCUAUUGUUUGUAAGCCUAUUGUUGCUCAUGGAUCAUCUCUUUCUCAUACGAUGUGCAUAAUAUUUAAUGAAGCUGGUCUGAAAGAUUUAAAAUCUCCAUGUGUUGCACAGCAGUUCAUAAAUCAUAACGCAGAAUUGUUUAAGUGUGAUGAAAAGAGACCCGUUAAUGCCAUGCCUGACGACGCGAUUAUUUCAAGCAUUGUUAGAAAACUUAGAACAUCUUUAGACUUGAAAUUGUUUGGUGUGGAUGUCAUUAUUGAUAAUAUAACCGGGCUUCACUACGUAAUAGAUGUUAACUUCUUUCCGGGAUACGAUGGAUUUCCGAAUUUUUUUGCAUCGUUAUUUAAGCUUUUCUAUCAAGUUAUAGAGGGAAAAAGGGGCGAUUGCUUCGAAGAGAUCAACGGUAACCAUCAAAAUGGUAUCACUAGAAAUGGCAUUAGCCAUAAUGGAGUGGCUAGUCAAUCUUCUGGACAAAAAUAA